GCUGAUCUGGCAGAGGUGCGCCUGUCUCCCGUGUGCCCGCCUCCUCCUGCAUGCCGUCUCACCUGCGUGCCGCCCCGCUCUGCAUCGGCAGCCGCGUGUGACCGUGCGUGCGCGCCCUGGCGCACCCUCGACCAGGUGAAUUAGAUUGAGCAAUCAGAAGCUCGCACACACUUCAAUCAGCGGGAGCAUAUAACGCAGUCAUUUGGCUGGUGGAAAGGGACUGACAUGACGGAAUGAGCAGCACACAUCCACUGCGGGGAAUGAGACUUUUGAUUUGACGGGCUAUCGGUUUUUCACCUAUACUGUUCAACUCCUGUUCAAUUAUUCAAAUAAAUUAUUCUGAGUGAAAUCCGAAGUCUGGUCCUUGUCAAGUGUGGACACCUCGCAGUUAAAAGAAACACUUGACAGUGAAAAACCGACCUGACAGUAGGAAACCGGCCGUGACAAGUGAAGACUCCACAAGAGCCCACCACAAAGAGGGAGAAGACUCCACCUGGGGGCCUGGAGGAAAUCAACUACCUGCCGUUCACCUGUCAGUCCAACAGCCAAAAAAGGCAACAUGGCCGAGUCCAAGUCACUCGAAGAGCUGAAAACAGAGCGAACUACAGUAAAGAGACUUUUUUCCCGACUCACCAACCAUAUAACGAGGACCCACAUGGAGAUGUCUGUGGAGGAGCUGCAAGAUAACUUCAAAAGACUCACAGCAGAGGGCGCUAAAGUGAUGGAUGCAAAUGAGGAGCUUGAGGCUGCUUACAUUGCACAGGGCAAAGGAACCGAAGCAGAGGGCGCACCUGAGUUAAGCGACCAACAGAGAGCUGACAUAGAGAAGACGGAGAAAGAGUGUGAGCAGAAGUUAAAAGAGGUAAAGCACCUUGUCCAGGAGACAUUAUGGGCCUCAUGUGGUGAAAGAGAACUGACCCUUGCUCUAAAAGCUGCAGAGGCAGAGUGCGAGAACGUCUCCUCCACUCAGCCUGACACACCCCUGGAGGCAUAUGACUUUAUGCUCCGCCAUUUAGAGAGCCUGGUGCACAAAGCCAAAGAAGCGCACCAGACCUGGAACCGCUGGGCUCCACGAGCCGAGAAGCAAGAUUUCAAUCGUCGGCUAACGGAGCUCGAAACCCUCCUUCCCAAGCUGGUGUCGAGGAAGGCCGCCCUGAUUGGAGCAGCAAGUAUUAAAGAGGACAGCAACAGAGUACCUGUCACAGCCCACAGCGCAGCCCCUGUUGCAGCCAUAAAGCUAAAAGCCACAGCUUUACCAAAGUUUACCGGCAGCCAGCGUGAGUAUUACAGAUGGAGGAAAGAAUGGGAGGCUCUACAGAAGCAAGGUGAACCAACCGGAUCCAAAGAGGUGAAGAAAUUUCAACUACUUGAUAGCCUCGACGAAAGAGUGGCCAAGGAUCUACGGCUCUCUACUUACACCUCAGCAGACGAGAUCUUCAGAGUCCUAGAGAACCGCUACGGAAACCAAGCCACCAUCGCUAUUGAGAUUGUCGAGGAGCUACAAGCUAUCCCACCUGUUCGUGGUAACCACCCAAGAAGAAUCGUAGAGCUCAUCCAAGCAGUGGAAAAGGCCCUCUAUGAUUUAAAUGAACUGAGCAAUGCAGAUGCCAUAAAAAACCCACUAGUAAUAAAAUCCAUCGAGAGCAAGCUGCCAGAGUCCCUGAAGAAAGACUGGCUUACCCACGCUGCUGACCCAAGAAAUGCUGUAAGCCACCAGAACCGCUUUGACAAGCUACUGGCAUACCUCCAAUCCCAAGAGUCUAUCUACGAGCAGUUAGAACAGCUGAGAGACAUCGACCCUGCCAAGGAGAAGACCAGGUUUCAAACAAAGCAUGCCCGAACAAGGACAACUAAAUCCAGCAGUGAAUUAGGAGGCUGCAUCAUCUGCGGAGAUCCAAAACACAAAAGAAAGCUCUACAUCUGCAGGAGGUUUAGAACCACCACAAAGCUCCAGGAAAAGAGGGACGCAGUGCAACAGCUCGGAGCCUGCAAGAGGUGCCUCGAAAUCCACAAUGAACCCUGCAGAAAACUACUUACCUGUGUGGGAAUCCAGAGUGCAGAGACCAACACCACUACCUUCUCUGUCCCUUACCCAGACAGCUGUCCCAAAGACCCAAGUUUGGUCCGGUGA